UGUUGAGCCAGGAGGAACUGGAGGCCUGUGCGGGGCGCGGGACCCCUUUCACCUUUCGACUAGUCGGGCUUGCCCCCUCGCGACUAAGGCGGGGCCGUCGGAUUGAGUGACGGCUAGUGGCCCGCCCCGGGCGUGACGACGUCCUGGUGUUGUUGCUGCGGCCGCACGUGGUGCACUGAGUCCGCUUCAGAGUUAGCUGCGCUCCGCGUCCUGGGCACCAGCUGCUUGCCUUCCUGCUCGUCCCGCUCACUAUGUCCACAUACACGAGCUGCCCGAUUCCGGGGGGCAGGGACCGGCUGCCCGACUGCUACAGCACCACGCCGGGGGGCACGCUAUACGCCACUACCCCGGGAGGCACCAGGAUCAUCUACGACCGAAAGUUCCUGCUGGAGUGCAAGAACUCACCCAUUGCUCGGACGCCCCCCUGCUGCCUCCCUCAGAUUCCCGGGGUCACAACUCCUCCAACAGCCCCACCCUCCAAGCUGGAGGAGCUGAAGGAGCAGAAGGAGACAGAGGAAGAGAUACCCGAUGACGCACAAUUUGAAAUGGACAUCUAAUCCAGUGCAGAUGAUCCUGUGUGGAAUUAGAGGAAUCCCUCAUACCGCUGCUGCCAUCACCUCUUCCUGGUGUAUUCCAGACACCAGGUGGCCUCAUAUAAUCUGGAAGGGAGUGACUUGUUGGUUUUGGGCCUCCCUUAGUUUUGAGGUAGCUAGACCAGGGAUAGGAGUGGGCAACUUGCCAAGCCCUUAGCUCUACUUUCCCUUCGGUCUGUAGGUACUCCUCCCAACCCCCAGCCCUCCAACAUCAGGGGCUGAGGCUGGGACUAAGGGGUGGAGUUAUGUCACUGUCUGAUUGCUUAGUAAAAAUUCAAAGAAUGCUUUGACUCCGGUGUUCUCAACACUGACCUUCCUAUCUCAGCCACACGGCCAAGGGCCCCAGCAGACCUGGUUAGGAUCAGAGAUCCCAGGUCCCUUCCCAGCUGUCAUUGGGCCCACCCCCAGCAGCAGUUAAGAGCCUAAGCCAGGCUAUGGGGGCAGGCUACAGGAGCCGCCAAACCAUAAACAGUAGUAGCCUGACCCCAGCCAAGGACCGUUCCAGCCUUUCGAGGAAGCAGCCUUCCUGGAAUUGGGCCUCUCUGGCAGUCCCUCCCUGUCUGUUCCAAAGCAGGAAAAAAGAGGCACUGCCUUAGAGUUUAACCUUCUCCACUCUCUCCCCAUGCCUUUUCUGCCUCCCACCUGUAAGUAUCAUCCCCUGUUCCAACACUGAAAACCUAUAUUCCCCCCCUCUCCGCUUGAUUUGAACCUCUCUGGCCCUUUCCACCUGGCUCUCUUGUCCUCAGAGGCUUAGAAGAGACUUUAGGGCCAAAAAUGAGGUAGCAGCUCUUUUGGUGAGUCAGACAGAGUCAUGAUCCUACCCCUAACCAACCCCCAGCCCCCAAAAAAGUCAUGAUCCCAUAUCUUAGCAAUCUGGUCUUUUUCUCCUUCAAUUUAUACCGCUAUGUUCUAAUCUCUACAGCACUGUGUAUCUCAAAGGUGACGGUGCUAACAGGGCGGUCUCCUUUUCUUGAGGGAAAAAUCUCCCCUGCUAUUUAAACCUCUGUUCUUCUGCUGAAACGAAAUUAUCCAAAAAUAGAGAUACUCAGCCCAGCAA